CUCACAAAGGAAAACCACGUACGUGAAGCUACUAUAAAGUAUGGCGUCAGGCAGCAAACGUAUAUAUUCUAGGGCAGAAAACAAUGACAUUAUCAGCUGGGAAGAGUACUUCAUGGGCGUAGCUUUGUUGUCUUUCAGGCGAAGCAAGGACCCCAAUACGAAAGUUGGAGCUUGUAUAGUAAAUAAAUUCAAAAGAAUAGUAGGGCUUGGAUACAAUGGCUUCCCUGAUAACAUCCCUGAUAACGAUGACAAACUCCCAUGGGGAAAAUCGUCAGAGAAGGAUGCGGACGGGAACGUGCAAAACAAGCAUCUAUAUGUGUGCCAUGCGGAAAUGAAUGCCAUUGUCAAUAAGCUGUCGGUGGAUAUUACCGACUGUACCAUAUACACAACGCUGUUUCCAUGUAAUGAAUGUGCCAAACUCAUCUGUCAAUCUCGCCUUGGUAAAGUCGUCUACUUAAAAAGAAAAGAUGAAGAUGACGAAGGAAAAAAUAAAGCAGCGGAGAACAUGUUUCAAAUGGGAGGAAUACAAAUGGUGAAAUACAAACCUACGCGCACAAUAGAACUGGAGAUUUGAGACCACGAUUUUGUACUGUGAUGUCCUUGAACAAUGUGCAAAUUUCCCGACCAGAAUAUCUUCUGUUUGUGUGACCGUUGAAUGUGAUUGACAACGCUAAUGAUGACUUAAACAGUCAAGUGUAACGCUGUGUUAUCUUAUUAUUAUGUUAAUAAGAUUUAAAAAAAAAAAACGUUUCCAAAUAACAGUUAAUGAAAAAGACGUAUUAUUGAUCCCAAACAAUAAAUUAAAUUUCAAUUAAACAUUCUGAGCUCCUAAAUGAUUGGUUUCUAUUUUUGUUAUUUAGUUAACAAGCUCAUGUUUCCUGAUAAAAUUUGAUAUUUGAAGACUAAUUAUUGAUUGCAAUGAAUAAAUGGAAAAUCAAAUGAAUUGUUUCCUUUAAAUCUUAAAACAAUAAAAUAUUAUUUAGCUUCCAAA